CCCCAGCAAUCCAGAGGUUAGGACUCCAUGCCUUUAUUGCCAUGGGCCUGGGUUCAAUCCCUGGUCAGGAAACUAAGAUCCCAUAAGAUGCACAGUGGCACCAAAAACAAAAAAUCUAUAUCCUUUAUCACUGAGGAAAAAAAUAACAUUUGUAAUAAAGAAAUAAAUUUUUUAAAUAUGUUUGAUUAAUGAAACAUAGCAUUCAAGACAAAUCUAUACAAGGCGUGUAGCUGAAAAUAUCUUUCAAUGAGGCCAAAGGUUUGAAGCUAUCAAAUGACUUAUUAACUUUUUGCAGUCAUGCAGCACAUGGGAAGGGUAUAAAGUUAAUGUUUGUUCUAGGGGAUUAUAGCAGAGAGGAAUAGAAGGGUUACAUUGCCAGAAAAACAAACUAAAUUUUUUCGCAGAGAAAAAUACUGCGGUUGAAAACAGGAGCCAAGGAACAUGCUAAUUAGAAACACUUGAUAAAAACUAAAUUAUUAAACAAGCUAGAAGAGAAGACUAAGAUAAAAGGAACUAAGUGUGAGAAUGGUUAUUUCCUUCCAUUAGAGUUUUGUAAGGUACAAUUAGAUUCAGUGAUUCAAUGAUUACUCACAUUAGUACAAUAAGAAAUUUGACUCAGUAGUGCAAGUAAGCCAUACAGUUAAUUAUUCAUUUUAUGUUUUUAUUUGGCUUUGGAAUGUGUUUUUUGUACUUAUCUCUCUAGGGCUUUAUUUGAUAGUCUGGGAACUUAUUUCAAACACUGAGAAGAUCUGACUCAGGAAAUGCUGGGACGCAGUCCAGUGUGUUUAUCCUGACCCCUGUUCAACUUCUUCCUGCAGUCCACUCCAUGCUGGGACUAGACAACUCUCCUCUGAGGCUGAGGCUAACCAGACUAUGCAGCACCCUCUUCUCUCCACAAUUCUCUGGAACUGGGUUGAAUGGAUCGCAGCUGUUACCAUUGCUGCUGGAACAGCUGCAGUUGGUUAUCUAGCUUACAAAAGAUUUUAUGUUAAAGAUCAUCGCAACAAAUCUAUGGUAAACCCUCACAUCCAGAAAGACAACCCCAAGGUAGUACAUGCUUUUGACAUGGAGGAUUUGGGAGAUAAAGCCGUGUACUGCCGUUGUUGGAGGUCCAAAAAGUUCCCACUCUGUGAUGGAUCUCACACAAAACACAAUGAAGAAACUGGAGACAACGUGGGACCUCUGAUCAUUAAGAAAAAAGACACUUAAAUGGACACUUUUGAUGCUGCAAACCAACUUGUCAUGAUGUUUCCUGAUUGUUUAAUUAGAAUGACUACCACUUCCAUCUAAUUCACCUCCCCUGGGUUCUAGAUGUGUGGUAAACUGUAGCUUUCAUAUUCACGGCAUUUGCCUUACAUGUGGAACCAUUGUGGUGCACAUCUGUUGAAACAAAAAAGGAAAAACAAAAAACCAAUCUCAUGGCCUGUGGGUUAUUUUGGUCUUGUAAGGAUCUGUUUCUUUACAUUUAAAACUGACAUUAGAAUAUAGUUGUAUGCCAAAGUUAACGUAUUAAAUUAUUCUCAAAAUCAUGUAUGUGCAGAUUGUACUUGUAAGUUUCAAAGAAGAAUUAAUCACCAUUUAAUAUUACUUAGCCUAAAAAGUAAAAUGGGUGUGAAUAAAGCUACAUUAAUCUCCUAA